AAUAUAUAUGCGUCGGGCCCAGCGGCGCGUGUGUUGCGCGGCCGGCCGGGAGGCUGGGGCUCGGGGCAGGGGCGUGUGCGGCCUCUGCUUCAUUGUGCCCUAGCAGCGCCCGGAUGUCACGCGGGCUGCUGGCAUCAUGAAGAUCUGGACUUCGGAGCACGUCUUUGACCACCCAUGGGAAACUGUUACAACAGCUGCAAUGCAGAAAUACCCAAACCCUAUGAACCCAAGUGUGGCUGGAGUUGAUGUACUGGACAGACAUAUAGAUCCCUCUGGAAAGUUGCACAGCCAUAGACUUCUCAGCACAGAGUGGGGACUGCCUUCCAUUGUGAAAUCUCUUAUUGGUGCAGCAAGAACCAAAACAUAUGUGCAAGAACAUUCUGUAGUUGAUCCUGUAGAGAAAACAAUGGAACUUAAAUCUACUAAUAUUUCAUUUACAAAUAUGGUUUCAGUAGAUGAGAGACUUACAUACAAACCAUAUCCUCAGGACUCAGAAAAAACUGUUUUGACUCAAGAAGCCAUAAUUAGUGUGAAAGGAGUCAGUCUCAGCAGUUACCUCGAAGGACUGAUGGCAAGUACGAUAUCUUCAAAUGCUAAUAAAGGCUGAGAAGCAAUGGAAUGGGUAAUACGUAAACUAAAUGCU